AUGGACGCCAGACGCUCUCGCAGUCGCCAGCGCAUCACCCCGCCGCCACUGCUUCGCGUGUACUCCCUCGGUCCCUCCGCACUCCGCAGCCACUCGCGACGGGAUUUCUUCCACGCCACUGGAGGCCGGGCUCGGUUCCCGGGCACGGAUGAGGGGGAAAGGCCAGGGUUGGUUGUUGAGGAGGAUGGCCUUGAUGCGCUCGGCUCCAUCUCGCUGAUGACCUCGGCGCUGUCGGAGCUGUAG